CAAACUUCAAGCUUCUUUCUAGCCAUUCUCAGAGUGUGAGCCUGACUCACAGUAUCCAGGUUGCAGGCUCCCUCCUUCGCACAACUUGAUCUUGUAGAAACAGCUGCAUCCCUCAUGACACAAUGGCACUGCCAUCCAACAACACAGCCUUAUCCUUAAUCCUCUCAAAAUUGCUAGAAGACUACGUAGAGAAGAAAAACCACCCCACACCUGUACCCUUCAUUGAUUCUAGUGACCAUCUAGAGAUAGUGUUUUUACUUCUGCUGCUUGGACUUUUUGGAUUCAUCACCUUUGGGGUCAUGAUCAGCUAUAUCCGCUCCAAAAAACUGGAACAUUCCAAUGAUCCCUACAAUAUCUACAUUGCCACUGAUCUCUGGCAGAUGAGAGAUAAAGCCAACUUGAAGGCCAAAAUAGCAGAAAAUUAUAAAUCAUGUUGUAUAUGGAAAAAUGAGCAUGCUGUCGAACAACCUACUAAUCAUAUCCCUGAAGUGAAAUCUUAAUAACAAGAUGGUCAGCCUGUUGAAGAGACAUUGUGCUAUCCCUUCAAAAGUACCAAAGAGACAGUUGGACAAUACAUUUCAAAAGCAAAGGGAUAGAACCUAUAACCUCUACAAUUGCCUCCCUUAAAUUGCUGCCACACUAAUGUGUUGGAUGACACCUUCCAGCAAUUCCUGAGCAAUAUGUGUUUACUGUGUAGUAGAAAGAGUUGUUAUUUGAAAAGCUCAUUAUGAGGCACCAUGUUGGGAAAGGCAGCUGUUCUAACCUAAACAGUAAAAUAUAGGAGGUAUUUGUAAGUUA